AUGGUCGAACCAAGCAAAAGCCAGAUGGCGCACUUCGAGGCCAUCCCUUGGGUCGCCGAAGAGCUCUCAGAGCCAGACCUUAUCAUCCGAGAGCCCGCCAGCCGCGUCUUCGAUCCCGACCUCCGCGCAUUCGAGUUUUGGAGCUCCACAUUGCAUAGCUCUACAACAAUACCCUUCUUCGUUGGCGCCUACCACCUACCGCCCGAGUCAGAUAUGCAAGCCCUGAAUGCGGAAGAUGCAGACGAUCGAAUAAUCGGCCCGCAAAUUGUCACAAGAGCCCGGUUCUUUCUGAGUCUGGGCCGUGGAGUCAGCACCAUAAAUAAGAAUCUAUGCCAUGGUGGAGUGGUUGCAGCCAUCUUCGACGAGUGUGCCGGGGCCAUCUGCUGGGCGAAUAAGGCGCAUGGGUUCUUGGAAUUUCUCCCCCAAGUGACGCAGAGUCUCAAUAUAAGCUACUUGAAACCAGUUCCGACCAUGUCGACAAUAGCUGUUACGGCCUUACUGGAAACGAAAGACGGUAUUAAGCUGGUUGUUGACUUAAUGCUGCAGGAUAAGACGGGCACUGUGCUUGCAAAAGCAGAGGCUGUAUUCAGAUCGAUUAAGAAGCGGAAAAAAGGGGGAAAUGAGAAGCUGUAG